AUGGAGGCCUACACCUGUCCCAUGCCUAUAAAAGGUACUGUAUAUACAAGAGCUAUGAUGAAGUAUCAGAUACCCAGAGGCUAGGUAAAUCCCUAACACCACAGUUUAUGGUUCAACCGUGGUCAACCAAGUACACUGUGUCCUGAACCAACGACAGUUGCCUUGAAGUGAAGAGUAACCUUUUGCCGCUCCUUUCCAUCUCCCUCCCUCCCUCUCUCCCUCGCUCAACCUCUCCACUAUCCCUCUCUCCUUUCCAUCUCCCUCCCUCCCUCCCUCUCUCCCUCGCUCAACCUCUCCACUAUCCCUCUCACCUUUCCAACUCCCUCCCUCUCUCCCUCGCUCAACCUCUCCACUAUCCCUCUCACCUUUCCAUCUCCCCCCCUCUCUCCCUCGCUCAACCUCUCCACUAUCCCUCUCUCCUUUCCAUCUCCCUCCCUCCCUCCCUCUCUCCCUCGCUCAACCUCUCCACUAUCCCUCUCACCUUUCCAACUCCCUCCCUCUCUCCCUCGCUCAACCUCUCCACUAUCCCUCUCUCCUUUCCAUCUCCCUCCCUUCCUCUCUCCCUCGCUCAACCUCUCCACUAUUCCUCUCUCCUUUCCAUCUCCCUCCCUAUCUCCCUCGCUCAACCUCUCCACUAUCCCUCUCACCUUUCCAUCUCCCCCCUCUCUCCCUCGCUCAACCUCUCCACUAUCCCUCUCUCCUUUCCAUCUCCCUCCCUCCCUCUCUCCCUCGCUCAACCUCUCCACUAUCCCUCUCACCUUUCCAACUCCCUCCCUCUCUCCCUCGCUCAACCUCUCCACUAUCCCUCUCUCCUUUCCAUCUCCCUCCCUUCCUCUCUCCCUCGCUCAACCUCUCCACUAUCCCUCUCUCCUUUCCAUCUCCCUCCCUCCCUCUCUCCCUCGCUCAACCUCUCCACUAUCCCUCUCUCCUUUCCAUCUCCCUCCCUCUCUCUCUCCCUCGCUCAACCUCAAUAGAAAAUAUUGAGAUUAACAUGGUUUUCAGAGUGAAGUACAUUGGGAAAAAACAAAAGAAGGCCAGAAGAUAAAGAACAUCAAAGUAAAACAAUUCUCUAAAGACACUAGAGACACUAAUACAAGAAACAACGCUGUUUUGGAAAAGGUAAGCUUCUAUUGCAACAUUGUAGCCAACAUCACCAGCUAUGCAAUGGAAAUUGUUUACCCACCAGACAUCCAGACGGAGAAAGCAAAGACAAGUUUCAAAGGUUUGAUGAUGGGACAGAACCAUGAAUGCCUGUUUGCAGAUCUUACCAGUUGCAAAACAAGAGCAAAUGUAAUAUUUAAUACCAAACGAGGGCACAUAUGGAAAAGGGUUAUUUGCAACCAUUUCCCUUUGUCAAAAAAGAGAGGCAUCAGCCAAGGCUGUCAGAUCAGCAUUUUCGAAGAAGCUGACCAGAGCAACAUAUAUCAAACAGUCAACUUAUACAAUAAUGGAACUGUAUGUAUAGAAGUCGAUGAUUCAAGCCUCCAGGCUUUUGAGAAUGUGUUUGCUACCCUAAAAGUAGAAGCUGAACUCAUCUCAGAAGCUGAGGAAAAAGUAAAGGAGCCUCUGUGACCCAGCAAGAAGCCCUCAGUGUCCCUCUACCUACCUCACCUGCAGCAAACAGAGCCAAGAACAUGCCUAAAACACCAAGAACACCUUCUAUGCAACGUUUCCACAACAACCUCUCUCUAGUUGAAGCAGAGGUCAUAGAACUCAGUAAGAACAAGCUUCAAGAGGAUGACACUGUCCAGAAACUAAAAGAAGAGAUGAAACAGUUCAGGGAGGAGAGCAGAGCAUAUAUUGCUAAAUUAGAAAGCAGAAUGAACAAACUGAGUCAGACAAAUGAUGACCUCAGAGACCAUCUGAGCACAACGAGAGAGGAGCUAGAGCAGAGAGAGAGUCUGCUCCAGCCCAGGUCAACCUACCAGCCUCCCAGUCUGCUCCAGCCCAGGUCAGCCAACUAGCCUCCCAGUCUGCUCCAGCCCAGGUCAGCCAACCAGCCUCCCAGUCUGCUCCAGCCCAGGUCAACCUACCAGCCUCCCAGUCUGCUCCAGCCCAGGUCAACCUACCAGCCUCCCAGUCUGCUCCAGCCCAGGUCAACCUACCAGCCUCCCAGUCUGCUCCAGCCCAGGUCAGCCAACCAGCCUCCCAGUCUGCUCCAGCCCAGGUCAACCUACCAGCCUCCCAGUCUGCUCCAGCCCAGGUCAACCUACCAGCCUCCCAGUCUGCUCCAGCCCAGGUCAGCCAACCAGCCUCCCAGUCUGCUCCAGCACAGUCUGCUCCAGCCCAGGUCAACCUACCAGCCUCCCAGUCUGCUCCAGCCCAGGUCAACCUACCAGCCUCCCAGUCUGCUCCAGCCCAGGUCAACCUACCAGCCUCCCAGUCUGCUCCAGCCCAGGUCAGCCAACCAGCCUCCCAGUCUGCUCCAGCACAGUCUGCUCCAGCCCAGGUCAACCUACCAGCCUCCCAGUCUGCUCCAGCCCAGGUCAACCUACCAGCCUCCCAGUCUGCUCCAGCCCAGGUCAGCCAACCAGCCUCCCAGUCUGCUCCAGCACAGUCUGCUCCAGCCCAGGUCAACCUACCAGCCUCCCAGUCUGCUCCAGCCCAGGUCAACCUACCAGCCUCCCAGUCUGCUCCAGCCAAGGUCAGAAUACCAGCCUCCCAGUCUGCUUCAGCCUCCCAGUCUGCUCCAGCCCAGGUCAGAAUACCAGCCUCCCAGUCUGCUCCAGCCCAGGUCAGAAUACCAGCCUCCCAGUCUGCUCCAGCCCAGGUCAGAAUACCAGCCUCCCAGUCUGCUCCAGCCCAGGUCAGAAUACCAGCCUCCCAGUCUGCUUCAGCCUCCCAGUCUGCUCCACCCAGACAACCACCCACAACUGCAAUCUUUAUCGAUUUAAAUGGGAAGUUCUUGGUCCAGGAGAGAUGAUUCCCUAGACACCAGGUGUAGAAGUUCUUGUGACCUACAACUGAGAGUGCAAUGCAGCUAUACCCCUGACAACAUCAUCAUCCACACUGGCACAAACGACCUUCAUGCCAAAGGUGAAAAUGUAUCUGGGGCAGUGAGAAGUGUGGCAGAGCGGGCACAGGCUAUGUUCCCAACAACCAAUAUAGUUGUGUCCACCCUCCUACCAAGAAAAUACUUCCCAGGACAGUUGAUUAACAAAAUAAAUAAACAGAACACUGUGGACUGUGCGUCACUGCUUAACGUCAGAAUGGAUCACCAUCCCACUCUGACAUGUGAACACUUAUACGACAAUGUACACCUUGAUCAGGUCAGUGUCAGAACCUUUGCUAAUGACCUAAAGGAUGCAACACUUGGCAGGGACCUACAUACCCUUCAUCCCAGCAGCAGCGGCACAACGCUCCACUUUCUGAAACAACAGUACCCCCACCAUCCCCAGGAGAGAAGAGCCAGACACGGCUUAUUACAGCACAGCUCUACAAGACCGGGCUCACCACACCACAGAUUUACCAGACCAGACCCGCUUCAGCAAAGCACUACUAG